AUGUUGAAUCAAGUUAAUGACAAGGCAGGUUUACUUGGAUCUGAAAGAUUGACUGCACGACAGACAAGAACACUUUGGGAGAUUUGUAAUUUCGAACAGUUGUGGAGUUCAACAACGCCAGCUCCAUUCUGUGGUUUAUUCUCACCACAUAACAAUUUGAUGUUGGAAUAUUUUGAAGAUUUGGAUUAUUUCUACAAUACUGGCUAUGGAGGUCCAAGAAGACUAUUUGAAAAUAUGAAUUGUCUUUUGAUUCAGGAUCUUCUGGGAUUCCUUGACACAAGCGACCAGACAGAGAAUGUCAGAAUUUACAGCACACAUUCAACAGCUUUCCAACUUUUCAUGGUCACUUUGGGAUUGUUUGAUGGUGAUGUUCCACUAACAGCUGCUAAUUUCAAUAUUCAAGCAAACCGACAAUGGAGAAGUUCAUUUAUAACACCAAUGGCAACAAAUCUUGCUGCUAUUCGCUACAAGUAUCUAAUUAAAAAAUUUUGUCCUGGCGGAAAUGACGAAGUUCUCUUCCUUAUGAAUGAAAAACCGUUUCUCAUCCCUGGAUGCCAAUCUAAUGGUCUUUGUAACGUUAAUGUCAUUCGUCAACGCUCCAGCCGAUUCAUUGGAGCUAACUGUGCAACUUUUGCCUGCAGUAAUAAUUAA